GGGAGAUGUCCGUCAAACAAGGUCCUGACUGGACGCAUUCUAGCAUGUUUGGUGCCUGAUCACCUGUGAGCAGCUGCUGAGGGAAGCCACCGAGGAGAGCGCGGUGGCAGAGAAGAGAAGCUAUGGCUACAGACUCUCCACGUCGUUCCAGUCGUUGUGCUGGUGGAGUAAUGGUCCGACAUCAAGCAGUAACGGAACAGUCAUAUAUGGAGAGUGUUGUUACCUUUCUGCAAGAUGUAGUCCCUCAGGCAUACACUGGCUCAGCUCCAACAGAUGAGAAAGAAAAAAUAGUCUGGGUUCGUUUUGAAAAAGCGGAUAUAAAUGAUCUUGCGAGAAAUCCAGAGUAUCAUGAGAUGAACAAUGCUGGAAAUGAUCCUCCAUUGCUGCUGCUCCUUGGGUAUGCAGAUGGAAUGCAAAUCUGGAGCAUCCCUGUGAGUGGCGAGGCUCAGGAGCUGUAUUCUAUCCGUAAUGGUCCCAUCCGGACAGCAAGAGUUUUACCUGCCCCGCAGACAAGUCUUCACAAAAUCGAUAAUUUUGCCGACAAAAGGCCGCUUCUUGGUGUGUGCAAAAGCACAGGAUCAGCGGGCCCACCAUAUUGCUGUGUAGAUCUAUACUCUCUUCGUACUGGUGAAAUGGUCAAGUCCAUCCAAUUCAAAACCCCCAUCUAUGAGCUGCAUUGUAACAAAAGGGUCUUGGUAGUUGUAUUACAGGAGAAGAUUGCCACUUUUGAUAGCUACACUUUCGCUAAAAAGUUCUUUGUCACAAGUUGUUUUCCAUGUCCAGGGCCAAAUCCUAAUCCCAUAGCACUGGGAAGCCGUUGGCUUGCCUAUGCUGAGAACAAGCUCAUUCACUGUCAUCGAUCCCGCGGUGGGGCCUGUGGAGACAACAUCCAGUCUUAUACUGCCACAGUUAUCAGUGCUGCCAAAACAUUCAAGACAGGACUCACCAUGUUUGGGGAAGCAGUGGGUCGGCUGGCUGGCAGUUUACCCUCAGGGACUCUUGAGGAUGAGGUUUCCACACACAGUGCCUCUCGACGCAGCCCGCACAUCCCUGGGGUUGUCACAAUCAUCGAUACUGAAACUGUUGGGGAAGGACAGGUGCUUGUCAGUGAGGGUGCCGAAGGUAAAGGCAUAGUGGCUCAUUUCCUGGCUCAUGAUAAUAAACCCAUUUCCUGCAUGGCUUUCAACCCCACUGGAAUGUUGCUGGUUACCACUGACACACAAGGUCAUGACUUUCAUGUAUUUCGGAUCCUGACGCACCCAUGCUCAUCCUCUCAGAGUGCGGUUCAUCAUUUGUAUACUUUACAUCGUGGAGAGACAGAGGCUAAGGUGCAGGACAUUUGUUUCAGCCAGGACUGCCGUUGGGUGGUGAUCAGCACACUGAGGGGGACCUCACAUGUAUUUCCCAUAAAUCCAUAUGGUGGGCCGCCCUCUGUGCGAACUCACAUGUCUCCUCGCGUGGUGAAUCGCAUGAGUCGAUUUCAGAAGAGUGCUGGGCUGGAAGAUAUUGAACAGGAGCUAUCAUCCAAACAGGGUGGGCGCUGCAGCCCAGUGCCUGGUCUUUCGAACAGUCCUUCUUCUUCACCGCUUCACAGCAAACUAAGUGGCCAGGACAGUUACAACAGUUUCACAAACAACAAUCUGGGAAACCCACGGUUCUCACCCAUCCCAACCCUGACAAUUGUGCUGCCCCUGGCACAGAUCAAACAGCCCAUGACACUGGGAACCAUCACAAAGCGCACAGGACCUUACCUGUUUGGGGCAGGAUGUUUUUCACUAAGAGCUCCAUGUAAGAGCAAGUCUAGGUCCGUUCCGCAGAUUUCCCCAAGCAAGGCUGUGGGUGGAGAGUUCUGUGUUGCUGCCACAUUUGCUUCAUCGCGUUCCUGGUUAACCACCAAUACCGGCCUGAAGCGGGAGAAAGAUCAGUCAAAGCAGUCGGUGGUGGACUCCCUCUUCAUAAUAAGUUGCUACGGUAACCUGGUGGAGCACACGAUUGAGCCACGGCCGGUCACCACUGCGCAGAAGAUCAGCGAUGAUACUCAGCUGGAGCUGUUGACAUCUCCUCGAGCCAGCUGGUCCCUGGCCAGGACUCCGCAGUGGAAUGAACUUCAGCCACCCUUCAAUGCAAACCAUCCCUUGCUGCUCAGUGCUGAUGCUGUCCAACAUUAUCAAAACCAGCUGGUUACAAUGGCAUCACCGGGCAGCCCUAGACCCACCUUUACACGCCAUGAGUCUUGUGACAGUCUUGGGUCAGACCACAGUGGCCAAGAAGAUGAGGAGUGGUUAUCACAGGUGGAGAUUGUGACACAUACUGGACCCCACAGGCGUCUGUGGAUGGGCCCACAAUUUCAGUUUAAGACAAUCCAUCCUUCAGGGCAAACAACAGUGAUUUCUUCCAGUUCAUCAGUACUUCAGUCACAUGGGCCUUGUGACACACCACAGCCACUAAUGGACUUUGAUACUGAUGACCUAGAGCUCAAUAGUCUGAGAAUCCAGCCAGUCCGCUCAGAACCUGUUAGCAUGCCUGCAUCAUCAAGGGUAAUUGCUGAUCGGAGAACUCUUUCAACUGUGAUUGAUGCUGGAUCAGGGACGUUUGACCGUAGCGUGACGCUACUGGAAGUGUGUGGCAGUUGGCCAGAGAGCUUUGGACUGCGACAAAUGUCUUCUAUCGAUAACACUGACGAAGGACUUCGUGAGCGUCUGGCAGACGCCAUGUCUGAGUCACCCAGCAGGGACAUUGUGGGCUCGGGAACAGUUUCAAAAAAACAAGAAAGGAAACGGGCCCGAAGCAAAAGUUUGGGCACCCUGCAUGGUCAGUACUUAGUAACACCCCCUUUGAGCUGCAGCGAGAGGGGAGCAUCGAGACGCUUAGCAACAGCUCAGGCUCCACCAGCGGAAGCAUCCCACGCAACUUUGAGGGUUACCGCUCACCUUUGCCCACCAACGAGAACCAGCCACUCAGCCUCUUUCCAACAAGUUUCAACUAAGCCCCUUCACUCGUCCCUCUCACACAACCCUCCCUUCUUCUUCCUCACCCCCAUCCUCUCCCACCCUUUUCUUCUCAUCCUGCCCUUUCCCACUCUUUCUCUUCUCCUCCCUCCCUCCCCCCCCCCCCAGUAAUUUCCUGCCGUUGGAGCCCUGCCAGCCCAGGUCAACAAAAUGGGCUGCCAGACAUUGUCUCACCAUCUCCAGUAAUUGCCGCACUGACACUUGUCACCUGAAUGGCGGACACGAUCACAACUUGUAACUCUUAGUUCAUGGUUUGUAUCAUUCAGUGGAGUUGGCUUUGCAGACCUCUAAUUCUCAAAAGGAGGUACUAACAAAGGGAUUAUCUAAACUCUUAAAUCAGGGACAUAUAUAUCUCUAUUUCAUGUUCUUUCAGUUAAUUCACGUUUGCAAUGCUUUAUUUCUGGGGUUAGAUCUGCCACUGUUGCCUGACCAGGAAUGUUAAAUUGAUACCACUUUGGGGUUCAGUGGGAACCUCUUAUCAGAGGUUUCCCAUUUUGUGGAUUGCUGUGAUUGAGUUUCUAACAUUAAAAAGUGUAGGGAUCACUUGUCCACUGACUCUAUUUGCAUCCAUGAGUGAGUGCUAUUGACCUCCUUGGGAUUGGAAAGAUGAUGGGGAGAUUUCAAGGCUAAAACGUUCAAUGUUGCAACAAGAUUCACAGGAGUAAACUGAUUACAAACAGUCGGCUCAGUAUUCAGUUCCCAGACCCUGUGCUCCAACUACUCCAGUGAUGUGGUCAGAACACACUGGAUCAAUAGAGAUCAUUAGUCAAACAUCUAAAAAAUAAAAAUGUGCAUGGAAUUCUGGUGGGAGAGAUUGCCGAAAGAAACAGAUUCUGAAAUGUCCUUUUAUUUACUUUAAGUUACCGGUAGAAAAAUUGUUAUGUCCAGCCGUAUCAUUGCUCUCUCCAAUCAGUUUAGUCACUCUGCUUUUGAAGUGCUGACUUCCCACGGUAUUAGGCACACAGCCACCCCUCUGAUGGAUAGGAGUCCUAGGCAGGCUGACAGUUCAGCUCUAGAAAAGAGGAAGUACCAUGGGAUUCGGGUCUUAGGGGAACUGACGUGUCUGUCUUUGGACCAAGGCUACCAAUAUGAUCUGUUGCUCACAUGCACAAAAUGCUGGAGGAAGUCUGCAGGCCAGGAUACAUCUAUGGAAAGGAAUAAGCAGUCUACGUUUUGGGCCAUUACCCACACAAUACGGGCUGUGGAAAGUGCCACUUGCUCAACGGGUUUUGGCUUUAAAAGAAAAGUUGUACUUUUCUUUUAAACUGCUCUAGUACUCCACUGAGUUGGGUGCCUGUGAUUUUCCUGGUAGGAAGACGUUGUAUUCAGUGUUAGACCAAAGCUUUGUGAUAAACUGUGGGCAGUGGUACAACUGCUGCUCCCAACACUCAUCGGCAUUGACCUUGGAGACUCACACGCAAUGGGAUUGUGCCGUGCCACAGAUUGAGAAUGUGCGUCAAUCACUGUCUCAUCCGAAGCUGCCACUGUAAUCUGCAACCAUUGAUUUCCUCACUCGGGCUGAGGUCUCUCUUAAGAGACAGGCUGAGCAGCCACAACACACAGACCACAAACAACAUUGCAGAGAUUUGCUGAAUGAAUCAUCACCAAACAUGUCAGUCCAGUGACAGCAGUUCUGAGGCUCACAGAGGAGGACAAAUCGAGUCUAAGUUAGUUCCAUUUAAACAGAAUUGUUUUUUCCACUUGAGAACGAUUUUUUUUGGGUGGAAUCAGUCAUUUGUGACGUUAAAGGGAGUCAUAUUUCCCAUUGUGUCUACACCCAGCUGCUCAGAUUAAUCCCACUUCCCACCAACUGGCUCUUAACCUUGUAGGUAGUUUACUGGAGACACAACAGACUGCAAUUGCUGGAAUCUGGAGCAUCAAAAAUCUGCCAGAGCAACUGAGCGGACGGAGCAGCAGCUGUGGUGGUAAAAGAAUCCUGUUCAUUUUGUUACUUUUCAGUGAUCGAGGUUUUUGUUAUUUUAUUUAGAGAUACAGCGCAGUGACAAGCCCUUCUGGUGCAAUGAACCUGCACUGCCCAAUUGCACCCGUGUGACUAACUAACCUACUAACCCGUAUGUCUUGGGAACGUAGGAGAAAACUGCAACAUCUGGGGGAAACACAUGUAGUCACCGGGAGAACGUUCAAGCUCCUCACAGACAGUGGCAGGAAUUGAACCCGGGUUACUAGCACUGUAAUAGUGUUACUGUGCCAUCCCAGUGCUUCAUUUUAUUUCAUUUGCUAAGGUAUCUGGCCUCAGUUAAUUUCAGCGGAGGAGGCAAGCAAGGGGUCAGGACCCAUGGAAACCCACCCAGCCCUCAGUCAGUCACCCGCCUUGGACAGCAAAGAUAUCACUUCCACAAGCAUUGACUUCACUAGAGCUUGACCCCCACACGGAUACUGACUGUCACUCUGCUCCCAGGAAACAUGACCGGUGGAAGCCAUCAGUAAGUAGUGAGCUUCAUGGGUUCUGUCAGAUGCAGAUUUAUAUUAUUUAUUUACCACAGGUGCAUUAAAACAUGCAGUGAAAUAUGGCGUUUGCAUUAACAACCAACGUAAGGAUGUGCCGAAGGCAGCCUGUGAGUGUCACCACACUUUCUGGCACCAACGCAGCAGUUCCACAGUGUUCAGCAGAGGUACCCAGGCAACAAUAACGGCACAACUAAACAAAGUUAAAAGUUCAAGAAAGCAAAACAACAACAGCAAAACAAGCCCCUUUCCUCCCACCCACCCACUCUGACAGACCUCCAGCUCCAGAACAGGCCGCCUCCAGGGUUCUUGACUCCGAACAUGGGGACAUCAGACCUCUCAUUUCUAGACAUGCCAGCCCAGGGGCUUUGACCAUCACUCCUCAAACUCUGGUCUUUGACCUCUGGUAUCGACCCCAGGGCUCACUGAUUAUGAGACAUUGAGCUCCAGGCCUCACACAUCCACAUAGUAUACAGGUUACGUCCUUUACUGGCACACUCUCAGAUCAGCACAGCCAAUGUGGUGGGCUCCAUUGGCACUAGCUCUGACUUGGCGAUGUUUUUCAUUGUCUCCAUCAUUGAGGAGUGAACUCCUUUGGGUGCCAACUGAUAUUGAGAUACAGUGUGGGUAUUUUGCCCGAGUGAUCAUUUUUGAUUUGUGACUGCGCCCACUGUGUGCCUGCAGGGUGGUUCAGUCAUUGAGAGCUGAACCUAAAAAUUGACUCCGUACAUUCUAGAGAAACAGCAGUAAUUAGGAAUAGGACCCUGAAUAGAUACUGUCCUGUCCACCGUGUCACCAGCCCAUUCCUGCUGCUCUCCUUCUCCUUCGUUCUGAAGGUAGUUGUAGUUCCCUGAAGAUCCAGUAGUUUGGCACUGAACCUGGGACCUCUGGUCUAAAUGUCACAACAGCAUCUCCGCUCAUCCAUUGACCUUUUUUUUUGUUUUAGUGGUUAGAAUAACUUUGUUCUUUAAUUACAAAGAAGUGAAUUAAUAAUUAUUUAAAAUAUAUUUCAACUUGCACAGAAGAUGACCCUGUGAAUCCAAAUUAAAGCUGCAAUCUCUGGUGUGUAAGUCAAGCUAGCUGUUUUAUUCCUGCAGCACAACCCAAUGACUGUUGCCCUGAGUCAUGCUGUGAAAGAGAUAUUCGGUUAAAUACUCAUGUUUUAUCUAAAGAUUUAGUCUGUGAGAUUGUUAUGGAUUGGUCUUGUGCCUAUGAGCCUUGACAUAUGGAAGAGUUGCAUUGGGAGAUUUUGAAAUCACCAAGGCUGGUUAGACAACCUGGGAGAUGUUUGUGGUGGGCCUGACACUGUGAUUGCAGUAUGGAUUAUGUCUGUCUAUCCAGCUGGACAGUGGUGAGAAGCUUCAGCUGUUUUUACAUUGUUGAAAUGAACCAGGUGAAGAUCCAGGAGGCCAUGACAUAGAUUUGAGGGUCUCAGGGAGAAGCCCUUCUCUCUUCUAUAUCUUCCAGCAAUGUACUUAAGACUAAAAGAUUAGUUGGAAAAAUUGUAUUUAUUCCUUUAUGUUUGUAUCGUGCAUGGGAAAUGACUCAAACAUAAGAGCAAGGAGGGCGAUUAGGCAAUUUGGCCCAUCAAGUGCUCCACCAUUUGACCCAUCUAGUGCUCUGUCAUUCAGUCAUGGCUGAUCUAUUUUGCUCCUCUCAACCUCAUUCUCCUGCCUUCUCCCUGUAACCUUUGAUGCCCUUACUAAUCAAGAACCUGUCAACCUCCGCUUUAAAGAUACCCAAUGACUUGGUUUCCUUAGCCAUCUGUGGUAAUGGAUUCCACAGGUUCACCACCCUCUGGCUACAGAAGUUCCUUCUCAUGUAACCAGAGCAUCUGGGAAAAGAAUGCGAUCAUAGAUAUUGCUGAGAAACUGGUAAAGCUAAGAAUACCAAGGGGAGGGAUACAAGGGAGACGAUUGUCAGGAAGGAAUAUAGAGUGAGAGAUUAGCAGAAAGAGAAGUAUAUAUCAAAAAAGCAAUAAUGUUCAGAAAACUCUGGGUGAGACAGAGAAUGCGGAGGAACUGAAAUAAUAAAUAAAAUUAGAAGAGCAUGUAUGAAUGGGAGAAAAUACCUGGGAAUACUGGAAGCACCGCAGCAGAGAGGGGAGAGGUGAUUUGUUGUCUGUAGUUUAGGUUAGGAACAAGCCCUAUCCCCAUGGGUAGUGUGUAGAGUACUGUGUAAAAGUCUUAGGAAAAUAUAUAUACUGUAUAUAUACCUAGCGUAUUUAAGACUUUUGCACAGUACUGUAUAUUGUUUAAAAUAGAAAGGUGGUUGGGAAACAGAAAUAAGAGUAGCUUUGUAUUAACCCAGUAGUAUUAAGUGUUAUUUGGUAACUGGAAAGACAUAAUAUACAGUACUGUGCAGAAGUCUUGGGCACCCUAGCUACAUAUAGGUAUAGGUGCCUCAGACUUUUGCACAGUACUGCACACACACACGCACAUAUAUCACACCCACAUACAUCACACACACAUAUAUCGCAUCUACAUACAUCACACACACAUAUAUCGCAUCUACAUACAUCACACAUAUGACAUCACAGAUACACAUAUAUCGCAUCUACAUACAUGCACACAUAUGACAUCCACACACAUCACAUGUACACAUACAUCCAUCACACACACACCAGCAUAUCGAAUGCAUACAGAUCAGACACACCAGCAUGUACACACAUACACACUUACUGAUGGGCAGGAGAACUCUGACCUGAUCUGAUCUCCAUGGUGAGAGGCAAUUGCUUACUUGCAUUGAUCUGAAUGGUGAUAAUUUUUUUAAUGCUUCACUUAGAUUCAUCUCAUUAACCAAUUAUUUGUUUCCUGCUCUUUUAUAUAAAACCAUUACCUUCCACACCUUUAGACCCAAUCAAGUUAAACGGAUGUGACUCAUCCCCAAGCCGGAGAUAAAACUGCUUGUGCAAUGCUGAAGCCGAGGCUUUCGGAUGAAUGUGUUAAAGCCGAGAUUUUGUCUGGCCUCUUGGGAAGAUGUAACCGAUCUUGUUGCACUUCUCGGCAGUGCUGCAGACAAUGUGUAUCCCUCCACAGCAUCAAUAAACAAAAGCAAGACCUGCCUCAGUAUCAGAUAAUUUUUUUGGGAUCUUGCAUGUCAAGUUGGCUGCUGCAUUUCAGAGUUGAAGCUGAAGUUCAAGUUCAAGUUUAAUUGUCAUUCAACCAUACAUAUGAACACAGCCAAACGAAACAGAGUUCCUCCAACAACAUGCCAAGGUGCAAACCACAGUACCAACAGUCAUACGCAGCAUAGGGCACAUGCAGCAUGUAUAACUACAGUAGCAAUAAAAAAUACAGCCACAAAAAAUAGUAAUAAUCUAGCCCAAGUUUCUAAGAGUCAUGGUCUGUAGACUGAUGUUGCAUGGGAUGAUUGUCCUGAAGUAUAGUCUACAGUAAUGGCCAUGGUUCAAGAAUUUUUCACUGGCUGUGAUGGAUAUAAUAAUCUACUAGGUUCUAUAGUGUAAUCUAUUAGGUUCUGAAAGCCAUUGUAUGAAAAUACAAGACAGUCUAUCUUUCCUCUGGACCAACUGCUAGAAGAUGCCAAACACAAAUUAUCUAAUUUUGUUUUGUUGUUGACUCCAUUAAGUAUUUUCCAUCUGCUCACCACUUCCUUCCCCUCCCUCCUGCCCUCGAAAUCAGGAACUCACCACAUACAGAAUCACAGCCAUGAACUGGCGCCACCACAGAUUCUCCACCCAUCUUUCUUUGAUCCAGAUUAGAUCCUAAUCAGGGCCUGUGGUGUAAAUACAGUAAAACAUCAGGUCCUGCAAUGAAUUGUGUUUGUCGCUUUUUAUCAGACGUACUGCGCCUCCAGCCGUCACACAUGCGAUCAAAGGCAGACGUGCAGGCAGUAAAGGGAUUGAACUCUUCCUCAUUCCUUUCAUUAUCAAGUUGCCAGUAGAGUGUGUGUCUUCCACCCUGCCGUUGGUAAAUUGCCACCUCGAUGGCUGUAGAUUUGCUUCUGUACAGUGCACAAAGUGACUGACUUCCUGUAUUCUGUAAUGAUACUGGGUACUGCUUUUGCUGCUAAUUUAAUUGCCAACUCCUAAUUUCAACCAGUCCAAUUAAUAAAAAUAAAUUAUAAAUUUAACCUGUAAAAAUGUCUUCGGUGUUUUAGACAGGUGAACUCCUCAUAGCUCCCAGUAAAAUUGGGUUUCAGACUUCAUUUGCCUGUGCUUGGUUUCUUUAUUAGACUGACCACUUCUUCAGAAUCAGAAUCGGGUUUAUUAUCACUGACGUGUUGUGAAAUUUGCUGUUUUGCGGCAGCAGGACAGUGCGGUAUAUAACACAUCACUAUUUAUUAUCAAAGUACAUAUAUGGCAUCAGAAGGGAAGAAGCUGUUCCUAAAAUGUUAAGAAACACAAGAAAAUGAAUCUCAGGUUAGUAUAUGAUGACAUAUAUGUACAU